ACCGCCAAACCUCGCCCAGAGUCAGGCGUGGAAAGCAGCCUGAGCGGCGGCGACGGCGGCGGCAGCGGCAGAGACCGCCGUGGCGCCGGGAGCUGAAACCCGAAGGGAACGCGGGGCGACGGCGACGGCGGCGACCCGGUGACAGCGCGAGAGGUACUAAGUGUAACAAGUGUGCAUCAUGCGUGAAUAUAAGCUAGUCGUUCUUGGCUCAGGAGGUGUUGGGAAGUCGGCUCUGACUGUACAGUUUGUUCAAGGAAUUUUUGUUGAAAAAUAUGAUCCUACGAUAGAAGAUUCUUAUAGAAAGCAAGUUGAAGUAGAUGCACAGCAGUGUAUGCUUGAAAUCCUGGAUACUGCAGGAACGGAGCAGUUUACAGCCAUGAGAGAUCUGUACAUGAAGAACGGACAAGGCUUUGCGUUGGUUUACUCCAUCACAGCACAGUCGACAUUUAAUGACUUACAGGAUCUAAGAGAGCAGAUUCUUCGGGUUAAAGACACUGACGAUGUCCCAAUGAUUCUGGUUGGUAACAAAUGCGACCUGGAAGACGAAAGAGUUGUUGGGAAGGAACAAGGUCAGAACCUGGCAAGACAGUGGAGCAACUGCGCGUUCUUAGAGUCCUCCGCCAAGUCCAAGAUAAAUGUUAACGAGAUCUUUUAUGACCUAGUGCGGCAAAUUAACAGAAAAACCCCAGUGCCUGGGAAGGCCCGCAAAAAGUCAUCAUGUCAGCUGCUUUAAUGUACUGAAUGCAUUGUAGCUCUGAGCCAGGUCUGAAGAACUGUUGCCCAAUUCAGCAGUGCCAGCAUUCCAACUUUGUUAAACCUACCAACAUCUUAAAUGGACUUUCCCGUGGUGGUACCCUGUAAGAGGCGGACGAAAGCUACUCUAUCAGUUUGCACAUUCUAAUCACUUUCCAGUAUCACGAGAGGUUUUUACUUAUAUGAUAGUUCUAGAGUAUGCAGCUGGUAAAACCAGAGGCUACAUCCAGUAUUACUGCUAAGAGACAUUCUUCAUCCACCAAUGUUGUACAUGUAUGAAAAUGGUGUACUGUAUACUUUAACACACCCAUACUUUGUAUUGGAGAGUACAAUAAUGUAAAUCCUAAAAGCACCACUAUUUUAGCAUAAUAAAAGAAAGUCCAAAGAGCUCCUAUAUAGACUACUCCAGAUAACUUUGCUUCUUUGAUACUUGUAGCUUACUGUAAUUUUUUUUAAAUUCAAGGUCAUUAUCAUUGUAUUAUACAAAAUAAGCGCUUUGAUUAACACAGCUAUAUAGUUUUUUUAAUUUUUCAAAAACCUGUGGAGACAGUGAUCUUGUCUUUAAAAUAUGAUAGUCCUUUCAGUAUAAUGUCUUAGAUUAAAGACGUUGCCUUUAAUAUCUGUUGGGAAGGAAAUGUCCAGACUUUUCAAAUCUCCUUAUUAUAUGUUUCCUUUUUUGUUUACAUAGGGAACAAUGUUUAUAGUUGUGUGUACAGUGGGGGUCUACAACAAGAAGUGUAUAUUUUCAAACAAUUUUUUAAUGAUUUAACAACUUUGUAAAUCAUUUUCAGGCUUCUGCAGCUGUAGAUUCUCACUGUGCCUCCCUUGCUUGCUCGUGCAUACGUGUGUCUGCAAUACCAAAUACACAGGUUUAGUAUCUUCGCCUGUUAGUGAUUGUUUCCAUGUGUAACGUUUUGGUUGAGAUGUUAAAUGGUGGACGAGUACUGUGGAUGUGAAUGUGGGAAGUAAUUUUAAUCAUGUGUAAUUGGUCACAAGGCUAAUCUGCAGUAACUCUUGCUGUUCUAUUUAACAAUGCCUUGUUGCUUUGUAUGCAUUAACGUUUGGGUGUAAAGAUUGUGUGUCCAUCCAACAGGGAGCCACAGUAUUUAAAUUGACCAACCUGAUGUUACAACUUUGAGGUGGCCAAAUGUAAACUAAAAGCCUUAAUUAAAGUGGUGCAAUUUUGUAUAACUUAGCAUCCGUAGUUCAAUAAAUUUGGAUUGCCGUGCAAGGGCUUGCAUUAUAAUUACUUGCCACUUGAAUGUGUUUUGUGUAAUGUUUUAACAGUGCUAGUAAAUAAAUAUGGGUUUACCUUUUUAAAUGUAAUAGGUGUUAUUUUACACAGUGUGAUUUCUUAAUUUAUAGCACAGGUAAACCAAACUCUUAAUUCCAAGAAUGAUGAAUGAAAGAUAGGGUUCGGUUUUGUUUUUGUUUUCUUUUCUAGAAUUGUUUGACUAUCCACAUAAAACGACCCUUUGAACUUUCCUUGAGAAAAAAUGUCAGAAAUCAAGCAGUAUUACGUAGGAACAAAUGCCUUUGGCUAGGACUCAGUAACUCUUUGGGGUGGAGAAAGGAGGAAGGACUCAAAUACUUUGGGUACUGCACUAUAAUUUUUUUUCAAUAGAAUGCAAAUCUUUGGAGAAUUAAUACACAGAAAUUUCCACCAUUUAUGCUUAAAAUAUUAAUAUGGUUAUACAAUUUUUGAUGUGGAUUCAUGCUACUUUUCUUUUUAGAUAAUAGAUUUAUCUUUGUCUUAUGUGUGCUAUAAUUGAAUUCUGUGAAAUUUAUAAAGAAGCUCUUAAACAUUUUCAUAGUAAUGACCGACUGUGGAGCACUUACUUAGUGGUACCUUCUAGCUUGCAGGUGUGUGCCAAUCAACACGUGCUGUUUGAAAUGGGACAUUAAAGGCUUUCAUUUUAA